AUGACGUCGACGAACGCCAGCGCUCGACCGAACACACCGGCAGCCGAGCGGUGGUCCAGCCUCCCCGGCGAUCUCCUGUCCAUAAGCUACCUCCGUCUCACCACCACGAUCGACCGCGUCCGCUUCGCCGCCGUGUGCACGGCAUGGCGCGCCGCAGCAUCGCGGCACCUGCCACCCAGCGCUCUCCCAUGGUUGAUCAUUGAUCCGAGCGGCACCCACGAGGCGAAUCGCAUGUACUGCCCCGAAGAGGGCGUGGUCCUGCCUCGGCUCUCUCUCUCCCCGGCGAGGCCAUCCAAAGAGGUGGCGCUCUCUCCCCACACACGACCGCACACGGAUGAUCCUUUACUCCUGCGGAAGGUCGUAUUCUCAGAGCAGCCCACCCUGACUAGUUGUAUCCUCUCCGCUGUCACCAGGAUGCACCAGCUCGCGGUUUAUAAGAUUGGCUGCCCCGAGGCCGCCUGGACAAUACGAGGACUACGUGGGAAAGAUCGUCUUAUGGAUGUGGCCUUUUGCAAUGAGGAGCUCUAUGGCACCACGCAAAACCCCAGGCAUCUCAUCAAGUUUGAGUUUGUCGUGAACAAACAUGGCGCCUUGGUGGGCGUGAAAACCCUCUACCGGUAUUGCAUGUUAGAGAGCUAUAGGGAGAAUCCCGAGCAUAUGAGGUACAUUGUUGAGCUACGCGGCCAGCUUGUGAUGGUGGUGAGGGGCUAUCAGUCAUACAAGGACUUCACCGCUUUCAGGCUAGUUCACGGCAACAUAGGAUUACAACAUUACAAUUAUUAUAACUACCCGUACAAGUGGGUGGAGGUGCAAACUUUGGAGACUACGCGCUAUUCUUGGGACCAACAUGUUCCAAGGCAGUGCAAGUGCCGGCAGGUGCACGCUGCGACAUACAGAAAAAUCACAUCUACUUCUCCCACCAUCGCUGCUUAA